AUGCUCGGCGCUCUUACAGUCCUCCUAGCAGGACUUGUAGGCGGUGCAUAUUCCCUGCCAACCAAAGAGGCGAAGAAAGACACAACUUACCACGACAAUGUCGGCGUCCUCAAAUAUGUCAAUCCUCUUAUCGGCACAUACGGAACAACACCAAAUGGCAACGGCGGCAUGAUCCCUUCCGUCAGCCCUCCCUUCGGUAUGACCCGCUGGACGCCACAGACCCGCGAGAAUUUCAUUUCGCAAGUGCCCUACGGAGACAGUGACCGUCUUAUCCAUGGAUUCCAGGCCACGCAUCAACCAGCUAUCUGGAUGGGCGAGGCAGGUCAGGUCGUACUGACACCCGGAAUUGGCGAAGUGCAGCCGCUGUUUCAAAAUCGGGGACUGCAGUUCCGGAAGAGGGAUGAGACGAGUACACCCUACGUCUAUGAGGUACUUCUCGAUUCUACUCAGCUCCUGGACCGUGAUUGGAAUGCGACGGCUGAGGCUGUAGGUGAUGGGCCUGUUCCUGGUGGUGCGGGUCCCGUGCCGGUUGAGGUGAAGGAGGGUGCCAAUGGGCGGACGCGAAAAAGGCAGAUUGAGUCCCUGAGUAGUAGAGAUGGUCAUCACUAUCAGCAGUCAAUCCAGGUUGCUAUGUCUGCAGAUUCUCACGUUGGCCAUCUUCGAUUCGACUUCGACCACAGCCCUACUAAUGCGGAUAGCAAGGGCCAGCCCUGGAUGUUCAUUCAAACCUCGCGUCGGAACUGGACAGGCGAAGUCCAUAUCGAUGAAAAUAGUCGGGAGGUCUACGGCUAUAAUACUGAGCGUCAGGAUUAUCUCCUCGGACCGGACAAAGCAUCGUCGUUCAAAGGAUACUUCGUAUCUCGCUUUUCAGAGCCGUUUACUGAAUUUGGUGUGGCGAAUGGAGGCUCAAUCAUAAAAGAUGAGGUUCGGCGACACGGGAAUUUCACUGGUGCGUAUGUGAAAUUUGCCAACUCGACAUCGCGUGUCGAAGUGCGCACUGGUGUUUCGUAUAUCAGUGUCUCACAGGCAAGGAAGAACCUCGACAUCCAGGCUCCAGAUGAGAACACCUUCGAGGAUACCGUUGAAAAAGUGAAGUCGGCUUGGCUUGAGAAGUUGGGCAGGGUAUCCAUCAAGGGCGUCAACAAGACCGAUGCGGAUAACGACCCCCGCACUAUUUGGUAUACCGGCCUGUUCCAUGCACUCCAGUACCCAAGUGACUUUUCCGAGCCAACAUCAAAUCAGGAUGAUGCUCCGCGUGUCUUCUACUCAGGCUAUACCGAUAGUGUUCACACCGAGAACGACUCAUACUACCAGUCCUGGUCAAUCUGGGAUACCUACAGAGCCGAGCACUCUCUUCUGACUCUAUUUGCACCGGAGCGCGUGAACAGCAUGAUGCGCUCCUUGCUGCGCAUCUUUGACUGGUCAGGUUGGUUGCCGAUGUGGGCCAACCUGGUCGAGACAAAUAUUAUGAUCGCAACGAAUGCAGACGUGGUGCUUGCCAACGCUCUAGAGCGAGGAUUUAAAGACUUCGAUAUUGGAAAGGCUUGGAAUUCUGUCAAAAAGGAUGCAUAUACUCCGCCUGAUCAUGAUACCGAUACUCUGUACUAUGACCGUGAGCCUGGCACUUCAUACGAGGUCCGCGCUGGGCUCACGUCAUACAUGAAGCAGGGCUGGGUGUCGAAUGACGGCUGGUCUGAGGCUGGGAGCCGCACGUUGGACUAUGCAUUCAAUGAUUAUGCAUGUUCGGUUGUUGCUGCCCGUGCAGGAGAGGACAAUGCCACAGUGCAAGUCCUCAAGAAGCGAAGUGGAAACUACGCGUAUCUUUGGAACAACGAGACUCAAUUCAUGCAAGCCCGGAACGCGAACGGGACAUGGGCUAAUAAUACCUUUGGAUGGACAGAAGGUGAUGACUGGGUGUACACGUUUGACGUGAUGCAUGACGUGAAAGGACUGGCUGACCUUUUUGGUGGCCGUCAAGCCUUCCGCGAUAAGUUGGAUGCGCAUUUCCAGGGUGGUCACAAUGACCAUACCAACGAACCGAGUCACCAUGUACCCUAUUUAUAUUCUGCUCUCGGUUAUCCCAACCAAGCAGCUGGGACAAUCAGGGACAUUGCUUGGGCGAACUACAAUGCGACUAGCGGGGGACUAGGCGGAAAUGAAGACUUGGGGCAGAUGAGUGCUUGGUAUGUCUUCUCUGCAUUGGGAUUCUAUCCCGUCAAUCCCGCCAGCGAUGAGUAUAUUGUUGGGACACCGUUCUUUGAGGAGGUGUCAAUUCGCCUUCCCAUUGGAGCGAGCACCGGUGGAGACCUUGCCAGUGGCAUAGAGAGGACGCUUAGGAUUAGCGCUCCGGGGGCAUCCACAAAGCCGUAUGUUGGCAGUUUAAAGGUUGACGGAAAGCGGAUCAAUGCUCCAAUUCUGAAGCACAGUCAACUCGUGCAUGCCGCAAGAAUCGAGUUUGAAAUGAGUUCUACACCCACUUCCUGGGGAAGUCGCCCCUUAUGGGAAACUUGA